UUCAUGUUCAAAAUUGAAAAUUAUUUUCACUUGAAAAUAUUUUUUAUAUAUUGAAAACGUUUAUAUUUUAUAUUGUAUUUUUUUUUUAAAUUCGAAUUUAUAAAUUUUUAAUUAAAAUGUCGGUAAAUCAAAAUGGUCAAUUAAUUUUACAAACAUUGCAAAAUUUGGAGGAGCCCUCUACUAUAUUGAAAAUAUCAAAAACAAUAGCCGAUGCUGUGGGUGCUGAUAUUAAUGAUGUUAAGGAAUCGGUUAAGGCUACAUUGGAUGGUGGCGUUCAAUAUGGUUAUGUUCAGCGUUUGAACCGCAAAUAUUUUUCAGCUCCCGUGGACAUGGGGGAAAUGGAUACAUCGGUGCCAAAUGAUCAAAGCAAUGAUGUAGACAUGUCUAAAGAAUUAGCAGACCGCUCGGCUAGGAGAAGAAGACGAACAGUUCGUGGACGUAGAAGCCGUGGACGCCGUGUAGGAAGCAGACGCAGACGUAGAUCUCGUCGUUAAAAAUUUAUUGUUGAAAUGUGAUCUUUCUUUGUUAUUUUUCAUUGUUAAGUGAAUAAAAUCUUGGGUGUAAUGAAUUAUUUUGGAAAUAAAAUUAUUGUAUUUUAAAAAAUAUUAAAGAUUCAAA